AGCCGAGCUGCAAAAAUGGCGGCCGAGGCCUGCACGACUGGAGUAGACUCGGCGGCGGCAGCCGUACCGAGCCCCGCCUGGACCAAAUCCGGGCUCUGCUUGCAACGCUACCUGGCGCGGGUCAAGGCUCUGCGGCUCGCGCCCGACCCCAACCAGGCCCCGGGAGGAGAGAACGUCGGCCGCCGCCGCACCGAGCUCCACCUGCUCUUCGACGAGCUCAUUUCUGAGACCUGCGGCCCGGGGGGAGCGGCGCCAUGGGGGCCGAAGCCGGAGGAGGUUUGUGAACUAAUUGUCCAAGCUUGUAAACUAGUCCAGCUUAAUCAAGAACAUCUUGUCAACAAAGUGUGCCAAUUAAUUCACCAGCUGCUCAACAGAUUCCAGGUUGCAGUUGAUGAAGAGAGCCUGAACUAUCUUCUGCCUUAUUUCAUCUCUGCUCUGAGAAACUGCAGCACUUGGACACAUGUUGAAAUUUUGCAGGCCUUGGCAGCGUCUGUCUACAACAAUGGACACAAGUGCCAGAAGUAUCUCCCAGAUUUGCUGGGGGAAAAUGGACUUCUGAUGCAGUUCAGCAGCCCAGCUCAAACUGACCCGGAACGGAAAAGGGCCACAAUACACAGCAUGGCAAACCUGUGCCUCAGUUUACCUGGACAGCCCUACCUAGAGGAACCUUACCGAGAGCUCUGCUUUCAGGCUUUCUUGAGCGUCUUACAGUCUUCCAAAGGAACUGAAGUAGAUGACAUCACCUUUUGCAUGCUGUUACAAAAUGCUUUGAAAGGAAUCCAGUCGCUCUUAAAUGGAGGAAAGAUGAAGUUGACCCAGACUGAUAACCUUGGUUCUCUCCUUGCUGUGUUAAAGAAAUGCAUGUUUCAUGGGCUUCCUGGAGUGAAUAUAGAAAUGCCCGGCAUCCUAUACCCAGCACUCCUUCCUCAGUAUGACAGCAGGCCACCGACCGAGCAAGAGCAGUUGGAACCAAACAGUGUUAAACUGAGCGGGCAGAACAGGAGGAAAAAGCCUAAAGGAAAACAGAAGAAGGGGAAGCUGGAAGAAGAGGCAAAAGAGCAGCCAGCAGGUGCCGAAGGAAAUGGACUAGAGAAACCCACUUUACGGGAAGAGUUCCAGCAAGAUCAGGACUCAAAGAUUUCAAAUCGGGCACCGAGUGACAAAUACGCUUCCCUUGUGAAGGAUCAUUUAUCUUCCCACGCUUUUGGCUGGAAAAAAAUCAGCAGCAGUGACUCAGAAUACUCUGAUGCUGAAGGUGGAAUGCAGAGCAAAACAAGGUCUUUCCAAGCUAAAGUUCGCCAAGGGGCUUUAACUUGCUUCCUUUCCACUGUGAAAUCCAUAGAGAAGAAAGUCCUCUAUGGUUACUGGUCAGCAUUUAUCCCAGAUGUACCUGGAAUAGGAAGUCCACAGACAGUGUCUUUGAUGACAAUUGCUUUAAAAGAUCCUUCACCAAAGACACGGGCCUGUGCCUUCCAAGUUCUCUCGGCCAUUUUGGAAGGCUCCAAGCAAUUCCUGUCCAUCGCGGAAGAUGCACAUGAUCACAAGAGAGCGUUCACGCCCUUCUCGGUGAGCAUCGCGUCCAGCAUUCGAGAACUUCACCGCUGCCUGCUGUUGGCUUUGGUGGCAACACCAACAUCGUCGUCCCAAAUCCUCACCCAGAUAAUCAAGUGCCUCGCCAAUCUGGUCUCAAAUGUACCGUACAGCCGUUUAAAGCUUGGUCUGCUGACAAGAGCAUGGAACCAGAUAAAGCCAUACAUUAAACAUAAAGAUGUUAAUGUUCGAGUGUCAAGUCUGACGCUGCUAGGCUCCAUUGUAUCGGCUCAAGCCCCUUUGCCCGAGGUGCGUCUCCUUUUGCAGCAGACUGGCUCCUCAGGGAUGAGUGAUGGCACAUCCAUCUUGCUGCUCCGUCCCAGCGCACCCGAAUGGCGCAGAGAACCCACUCUGGUCUCAGGAGAGCCACCACAGGGCCUGGAGAAGGCACCAGCCGAGCCCUGUUGGCUCCUGCGCCUCUGCAUCUCUCUGGCUGUGUUGCCCCGGGAAGAUUGCUAUUCGGACAGUGACACCAGCUGCCUGUCCACUGUUAGCACGUACGAACCCUCCCCAGUUCGGCUGGAGGCACUGCAGGUUUUAGCAUUGCUUGUCAAGGGCUAUUUUACCCUCUGUCAAAGCUAUUUGCUAGAACUUGGCGAAGUGGCUUGUAAAUGCAUGGAGGAAGCAGAUCCAUCUCUCCAGCUCCAUGGGGCAAAACUUCUGGAUGAACUUGGAGUGGGUGUAAUACAGCAGUACAAGCCAAACCUAGUUGCUGCUCCAGAUCAACGGGUACCCAUUGACGUGGUUGUAACAUUCUGGACGAGGAUGCUGAAUGGACCUUUGCCAGCCGCCCUCCAAAACUCCGAGCACCCAACCCUCCAGACCAGCACUUGUGACGCCCUCUCCUCUAUUUUGCCAGAAGCUUUCAGCCGUCUCCCUGAUGACAAGCAGAUCCUCUGCAUCACGAUCCUUCUUGGACUCAACCACAGUGAGAAUCCUCUAGUGAAAGCUGCAGCUUCCCGGGCGCUUGGGGUCUACGUCGUCUUCCCGUGCCUUCGGCAGGAUGUGAUGUUUGUCGCUGACACUGCCAACACAAUUCUGAAUUCGCUGUGUGAUAGUUCUCCAAAUGUCCGUGCCAAGGCAGCCUGGUCUUUGGGCAAUCUGACGGACACUCUCAUCAUCAACAAGGAGCUAAUGGGAGAGAGCUUCCAGGAUGAAUUCUCAGACCUCCUACUCCUGAAAAUGUUACGAUCAGCAACUGAGGUGUCAAAAGACAAAGACAAGGUCAAGAGCAACGCUGUCCGUGCCCUGGGAAACCUCCUUCAUUUUCUCCAGCCAUCCCACAUCACCAGUCCCCGAUUCAGCCAACCCAUUGAGGAAGCCAUCCAUGCUCUGAUUUCUACGGUGCAGAGCGAUGCCACAAUGAAAGUGCGUUGGAAUGCCUGUUACGCCCUUGGAAAUGUCUUUAAAAACCCUGCAUUGCCACUGGGAGAAGCCCCUUGGACUGGCAAAGCCUACAAUGCCCUCUCGUCAGCGGUCAAGUCCUGCAAGAAUUUUAAAGUCCGCAUCAAAUCAGCUGCAGCCCUCUCUGUGCCAUCUGAAAGGAGGCACUAUGGGACUCCCAAGCAGUUUUUCCAAAUCUGGAAUGCGUUGGUGACCGGUCUGCAGCGGAGUGAGAAUGCCGAAGACUUCUUGGAGUUCAAAUACAGCGCUAGCCUCCGAAGGCAACUUUGCCACGCUCUGCUGCAUCUGCUGAGCCUGGCCGAGGAGACCGACCUACCAGACAUCCAGAGGGUUGUGAUUGAGCAGGGAGAAGUCAUUCAAUCCUACAUGUUGCAGUAUAUGAAAUCAGAAGUGGAAGGUGAAGAAGCAGGAGUAGGAGAGAGCAUUCCUGAAAGAGACAAAACCCUGGAAAGGGCCAUUGAGCAUGUCCGAAGGGUGGAGGAAGCAUCUGAAGGCUACCCAGUGAAAAGGGGGACCCUGGCUUACUUAGAAGACCUCUUGAAAACCCAUCAACAUUCCACAGGGUUCACCAAAGCCUAAGGCAGCAGGAGAAGCCGAAGCCAUGCAAGGCUUGGGCUGAUUGCUAACACCAAAUAAAGAAGAUUAGAGAGGAAGCUGUUCAGUGAUCUCAAGCCUUACCACGCAGCCACUGUCCUGCGGAAGAACAAAAAGGUCCUUUUCUGUGGACCUUUUCCCCUUUUUAAUCCGAGGGACAGACUUCACAGAGCUUUUUUAUACAUUUUAAGCAUUUGCCUUGCCAGCUGCCUCAUUUCCAAAUACUUUACACAAAUAGCGUGGGCAACAGAUGACACAAAUUAGGGAAGGGCUUGCUACAUCAUAAAUACAAAUAAAGAAAAAUCAAGUACCCAUAUAUUGACAUUCACUAAAAAUACCAUUUUGUUCCAGUAAAGAAUAAAUUAUUCGGUUAUAAACUUA